AAUAAUAAAUCAUUAACGCUGCUUACACACAAAGCUACUUGGUUCGUUUAAAAUAGCAUGUAUCAGAGGUUCAUCUGAAGGUUUUACGCUGUGAUCUGAGGUGAAAAACAACAGAGAAGAUGAGGAUUAUUAUUCUGGCUGUUUUAAUUUGUGCGUGUCAGGCUGCACAGGAUCCAGAAAACUGCCGACCUCCACAAUUCCAAAACAACGGCUUUUUUGUCCCAAAUUCGGAGAAUUACAGAACCGGAGAUAAAAUCACCUACGGCUGUAACACGGGUCUGAAACCUGACCUGAAAACAUGGUGGGGGGAGAUAACAUGCAAGAAUGGAGAGUGGUCACACACCCCUCGGUGUAUUGAUGAAACAUGGUGCAUUACAACACAUGUGCCAAACGCCAAACCAGAUGUGUUACAAGCAGCUGCUCCUGGUAAGUAUGAUUUUGAAUGUGACCACGGCUACUGGAUUGAAGGUGGAAAGUCAAUAGCUGAGUGUGUAGCUGGAUCUUGGACCCUUCCAGAGUGUAAGCGAAAGUCCAACUCUUGUGCUCCCCCUCCUCGUGUUUACAAUGGAAUGAUCACAACACCUUACCGCAGUAUGUUUGAGAAUGGGGAGAAGAUUGAAUAUAUUUGUGCAAGAGGAUAUAGGUUAUAUGGAGACAAAACCAACACAUGUGAGCAAGGCACGUGGUCCUCUAACCCUAGUUGUGUUAAUGUACAAUGUAACCAGCCACAUGUUGCCAACGCCCGAACAGCAGAGGGAUUUAAAAUCUCCUAUAAUCACGGAGAGACUGUUAGAUUCACAUGUAACAGAGGCUAUAAGUUUGAGGGAACAGACACUGCACGGUGUGAAGAUGGAACUUGGAAGCUGCCAGUGUGUAAAGUUGAAGUAAAAUGUACUAACCAGCCACAUGUUGCCAACGCCCGAACAGCAGAGGGAUUUAAAAUCUCCUAUAAUCACGGAGAAACUGUUAGAUACACAUGUAACAGAGGCUAUAAGUUUGAGGGAACAGACACUGCACGGUGUGAAGAUGGAACUUGGAAACUGCCAGUGUGUAAAGUUGAAGUAAAAUGUACUGACCAGCCACAUGUUGCCAACGCCCGAACAGCAGAGGGAUUUAAAUUCUCCUAUAAUCACGGAGAAACUGUUAGAUACACAUGUAACAGAGGCUAUAAGUUUGAGGGAACAGACACUGCACGGUGUGAAGAUGGAACUUGGAAGCUGCCAGUGUGUAAAGUUGAAGUAAAAUGUACUGACCAGCCACAUGUUGCCAACGCCCGAACAGCGGAGGGAUUUAAAUUCUCCUAUAAUCACGGAGAGACUGUUAGAUACACAUGUAACAGAGGCUAUAAGUUUGAGGGAACAGACACUGCACGGUGUGAAGAUGGAACUUGGAAGCUGCCAGUGUGUAAAGUUGAAGUAAAAUGUACUGACCAGCCACAUGUUGCCAACGCCCGAACAGCGGAGGGAUUUAAAUUCUCCUAUAAUCACGGAGAGACUGUUAGAUACACAUGUAACAGAGGCUAUAAGUUUGAGGGAACAGACACUGCACGGUGUGAAGAUGGAACUUGGAAGCUGCCAGUGUGUAAAGUUGAAGUAAAAUGUACUGACCAGCCACAUGUUGCCAACGCCCGAACAACAGAGGGAUUUAAAUUCUCCUAUAAUCACGGAGAGACUGUUAGAUUCAUAUGUAGAAGAGGCUAUGAGUUUAAAGGAACAGACACUGCACGGUGUGAGGAUGGAACUUGGAAGCUCCCAGUGUGUAAAGUUGAACUAAAAUGUACUAACCAGCCAUAUGUGGCCUACGCCCGAGCAGCAGAGGGAUUUAAAAUCUCCUAUAAUCACGGAGAGACUGUUAGAUUCAUAUGUAACAGUCCUUAUGAGUUUGAAGGAACAGACACUGCACGGUGUGAAGAAGGGAUUUGGAAGCUGCCAGUGUGUAAAGUUUCAGGAGGUGGAAGCGGUGGUGAAUCUCUACAUCCUGAUCAGCUUGGAGUUCUGCUGCCAGUACGUGAUUGUGGAUCUCACCCCCUUAUUGUAAAUGGAGAUGUUAUAGAGCUGCCAAGUGGAAAGGAAUUAAAAGUCCAGUGUGUGAGAUAUUAUAAACUAGAAGGACCUAAAACUGUAGGAUGUGUGAAAGGGGAAUGGACGCCGCUUCCAGAGUGUAAACCUCCAUGUAGAGUGGAAGGUAAACGUAUUCAUUCUAGUCAGUCUGAUGAAUAUCUGCAAGAGGGUGAAGAGAAGAUAUUUCACUGUGCAGUAUUCAAGAAAAUAACUGUCAGAUGCACGAAAGGAACAACAAUAUACAGUGAAUGUAAAUGGAAUCUACAACAUACAUAAGCACCAAUAUCUUACUAUGUCUUUAAAUUAAAUACUACAGUAACAUUGUCUAUGGUACAGUGCUAACACUCAUGCUUAAUCAUAAUUCAGAUACAUUAACUGUCUGUGUGCUGGUUCUGGCAGUGACGUAUAUAUCGACCUCUGCAGCGCUCAUGCUAAUAGUCAGAAAUCUUUCUUCUUAAAAUAAAAGUGUGC